CAAUUGUCAAGUAAUUUAUAAUUACAUCCACAACACAAAAUUAAAAGUCCCGUAACACAAGAGACAAUUAUUAAUUACGUCUCAAAAAUAUGUUAAGUAAUUUCAGAAAAUUCCUAUUAGUUUACCCAAACGGAGAGGUUUCAUUUGACCAAUGAGGUACAGAACGUCAAUUUUUCGAAAGGAGCACCCGAAAGAGCAUGUUUCGAAGUAGAAGUUGGUUCGGUGCCGCUUGGGGACGCCCCAAGAACCCGCAUUCUUUAGAGCACCUAAAAUAUCUCUACAAUGUGCUCUCCAGAAAUCAGACGGUAUCCGAGCAUAAUCGCGGGUUACUUGUGGAAACCCUUCGAUCGAUAGCUGAAAUACUAAUAUGGGGCGAUCAAAAUGAUUCCUCAGUGUUCGAUUUCUUUCUGGAGAAGAACAUGCUGUCUUUCUUUCUUCGGAUAAUGAGGCAAAGAAGUGGCGGUUCCAGUUAUGUAUGUGUUCAGCUGUUACAGACUUUAAAUAUUCUUUUUGAAAACAUACGUAAUGAGACUUCACUGUAUUAUCUUCUUUCAAAUAAUCACGUAAACUCUAUUAUUGUUCACAAGUUUGAUUUCUCUGACGAGGAAGUUAUGGCGUAUUAUAUUUCGUUUCUCAAAACGCUAAGUUUGAAAUUGAACCCUCAUACAAUUCACUUUUUUUAUAACGAGCACACUAACGAUUUUCCCUUAUACACCGAGGCUAUUAAGUUUUUUAAUCAUCCCGAAUCCAUGGUGAGAAUUGCCGUUCGAACACUUACACUCAAUGUAUAUAAAGUGGAAGAUGCGAGCAUGUUGGCGUUUAUUCGUGAUAGGACCGCCGCUCCCUACUUUUCGAACAUCGUGUGGUUUAUUGGUAAACAUAUUCACGAGUUGGAUGCGUGUGUUCGGAACGACGCAGACCACCAGUCUCAGAAUCGGCUGUCUGAUCUGGUCGCGGAACACUUGGAUCACCUUCACUACCUGAACGACAUUCUCCUACUGAAAAUAACGGAUUUGAAUCAAGUCCUAACCGACCAUCUUCUCCAUAAGUUAUUAAUCCCUCUGUACAUUUAUUCGUUAUCGUCCAUUCGCAGACAGUCCGAGGUGACAAUGGAAACCGCAACCCAAAAUUUGGCAAGAGUUCUAAAUAAAUCGCUAUCUUCAUUUGAACAACAGGAAUCGGCAAACGGGAAAGUAUCGUCGGUAGUCUCACUGUUCCUCCUCUCCCAAGUAUUUUUAAUAAUCUCCCACUCGCCGUUAAUACGUUACCUUGCCUGGAUCAUCCUACGAACCGAAAGGAGUACCUUCGAUCAGGGCUUAGACAAACUGUCGGAACACUACGAAAUAUUUAAACGUAAAUUCGAGCUCACCGAGUGCGAGCAGAGCAGUCAGCUCGAAAUCGAGUCGAACGCGAGCAGCUCUGGUUCGAAGGAGAAUCUAUUGGAAGAACCGAAAAACGUGACCGACGAGGAGAAGGAGAAAUUGGCGUCGACGCCGACCGAAAGUACAAACAUAUCGGAGAAACCGUUUCUCGAAACUGUAUAUAAUUCGCUAGACUGUACGGACAACGAUUACGCCGCGCUCUUCGCUUUAUGCUUGCUGUACGCUCUGGCAAAUAAUAAAGGAGUUUUGCCAGAUCUGUUGGAGUUAGUGUUGAAGCCGAGAAUGUCGCCGUCAAAGUCUGUAGGUAGAGAUAUUAAGUAUUCGUAUAAUACGCAUUUAGUGGAAAAGUUAUUGCAUAUUGUGAUAUUAUCGUGCCAACCGUCGUGCCGAGUGCGUUUGGUCACGCUGGAGCUGGCUCUGAAAUUGCUCUUGCAGCUUGUUACGUGCGAUGGUCAAAAUGUAAUGAGCGAUUUACAUAAAACUUCCAUCGAGGCGGCAAGGACUCAAAGUACUGCUCUGUUAAGGAACUUUUAUAAAAGUGAAGAAAUAUUUUUGGAUAUGUUUGAACAUGAAUACUGUGAUAUGUCAAAAGGUCCUCUAAACGUAGAAUGGUUAUGUAUGGAUAGCGCGAUUUUGUUACCUCCGACUGGAACACCCAUGACUGGCAUAGACUUUACGAAAAGGUUGCCAUGUGGAGAGGUGGAAAGGGCCAGAAGAGCGAUUAGAGUAUUUUUUCUUGUGAGAGAUGCGGUAUUAACGCUGAACGGCGAGAUAGAAACCCAGCUACCGCUGACGAAUCCCCAGAGCUGCGUGCAAAUCGACACUGCCUUGGAUCUGAGUAUAGCUCGUUAUAAUUCAGAUUUAAUUGCAUGCACAGUUGUUUGGAAAGACGGACAGAAGAUUAGGCGAUUUUUAGUCAUCGAUAUCAUGCAAUUGAUAUUAGUCGAGCCGGACACUAAGAAACUCGGCUGGGGUGUUGCCAAAUUGGUCGGUUUUCUGCAGGACAUUGAGGUUUCGGGGGAUAAGGACGACUCACGUUGCUUACAUAUUACAAUACAUAGACCUUUGUCAAGUGGUUCGACUAGUCGGAUUCCCCUAUUGUCUGCCAAAUUUGUGUUUGAUGACAAUAUUCGUUGUAUGGCCGCCAAACAACGUCUUACUAAGGGAAGAAUUAAAGCUCGCCAGAAAAAGAUGCAGCACAUCGCCAGACUCCUGGACAUUCCCGGACAAACGGGUCCGCCAAGCCCCGCCUAUGUAGGCGGAGGUUCCUACGUGUCUAGAGGUAUCAGCCGAAUGUCUCGCGAUAAUCGGCCCCUUUUCCACACGGGCAGGGUGCCCGGUUUCGCCGCACCUCACCGCGAAAAUUUGCCUGGCAUUAUUCAUCGCGUCGACGAAAAGCGGCGCAAAUCGACCGAAAGUCCGACGAGGCCCUCGCAUCCGGCCGACACCAGUACGAAGAUCGAACGGAAUCGUUCUCGCGAGUCGUCGUGCAACCGACUGAGAUCGCGCGAGGGAAGUCCGAGAAUGCCGCGCCCGCGCUCCGAGGAAAUACCGUUAGAGUUAAUCAAGAAACCGCCGAAUGGAGUAGGAGAUAUUAUAAGUCCAAAAAUUACCAUUUUACCGCGUCCCCAAACUCCGCGCGACGACGUGGAACCUUCAACGUCGGUGGCUCCGUCGAAGUCGCCGCCGCCGCAACUUGAAAUCGCCGAGGCGAAAACUUCAGAAGAAACGUCUUUUAUGGCGGAGGAGGGAAACGUAACGCAAAGAAGGAAGGGCAUAGUAGAAACAGUAUAAUUUUUAGUUGUUUAUAGGCGAGAAUUGUUGAAUAUUUAUAAGAAUUGACGUAUUUGCAUUUUGUUGGAAUAAAUGAAACUCAUAACUUGUU